AUGGCAAAUGGGAGCAACGGCAGUGCUAGCAAUGCGACAACGGCUACCCAGGAGGAGCAACAAGCACCACAGAAGGAACAGCAGUCUCUCCUGACAGGAGUAGGACGCGGCAAGGGACCCCAGAGGGAGGAGCCAUGCUCGUCGACAUCCAGGGGAGUGAACGACCUGGUGGCAGACCUCUGUCUGAAUGGGAGUCUGUCUGGCAGUGGGAGUGGCAGUAGCAGCAAUCGCAAUGACGGCGGCUACGGUGACUACACAAAUAUACGGGCCACCACAUCUACCGGAGUCACAAUGGGAAACACUGGAAGCUCCUCCUCGUCGUUCUCCUUCAAGCACUUUCUCAACAGUAGUGGCACUGUGACUGCGCCCACGAGCACGGUAACAUCAGUGGAUGCCACAGCCGCAGUGCAGACAUCGACGGGAGCGCGGCCCAAGGUGCCCCAGUCGGCCUCGGCCUCGCUCAUGCAACCACCUGACGCGAACGGGAGCAGUGCCUCCUCCAAAAUGAAGCGGUCCCCGCGCUUCAGUUCCUUCGACUCGCAGGCGAGUCUGGCCGAGUACGCGGCCUGUGGAGGAGGAGCUGUAGCACCCAGCAGCAGCGGAUCCCGUCAACGUCCAGAUCUACGGCUGGGUCAUGACGAUGUACACGCCCUUGAUAAUGACGACGACGAUCACGUAUCCUUGGCCCAGGUGCGCAACAACAAGCUCUUCGACGAGCGGAUAGACGAUGACAUCUUUCCAUCGGCAUCGUCCAAUUUGAAUUCAAGCAGUUCCAGCUCGCGGUACGUGCCGCGCUCCUACUCCAGCUACGACAUGCCGCCCCAUGUACCAUGCCCCUCAUCCUCGCCUCGACGACGACCGGCCGGAAACAGGGAUUUGCGCCCAAACCGAUUGGUUCUUACAGCCACUCCCAAAAUGAAGCUGGACCUGCCCCUGGACACAUCAAAAAUGACAUGUGCCGGAGCUGGUGGUGGUGGUGGAGGGGGAGGUGCAGCAGCUGCUUUGCCAGACUUUGUGCAGGACCACUUGCCGGACGCCUGGUGCGCCGUCCAGGACGCACACCUGAGCUCGCCACCCAACUCACCGUUGGGUGCUGCCGAGGCCCCUAGCGGUGCAGUGGGUGGCGGGCUUUUGCCAUCGGCGCUUGCCUCCCUUGGCCUGCCUGGUGUUGCCUCCCUGCCCGGUCCACCCGAUGGAUCCUCUGGCGAAUCCGGCCCAGGGCCGUCUGCUGGAUCCACCGCCAAAAUGCUGCCCGACUUCCUCUCCGAUGGUCCCAUCAUUCACUCGUCCCAGCGCCUAGCCGAUGUGGCCAUUGGGCUGCCCUCCAAUUCCAUUGACUCGCCGCCCCAGGAAGCGGCCGGCCCUUUGCAGCUGUCGACGAUGCGACAGGAGAACGAACGACUGCAGCGUGAGCUGCAAGAGACUCGAGUGGAGCUGAACGCCCAGACCAGGCGAGCUCAUGACUUUGAGCAGCAGCUUCUUCAGUUCACAGAGGCCUCGCGCCGGCGAGAGACCCUGGCCACGACGGCCAACACACAGAACACGCAGCGCCUCCGACGACAGGUGGCCCAGUUAGAGGCGGAACUCUUUGCUCUGCGUAAUGCUACGGAUGGAGCCACGGGAGGAGCUACCGUUGUGACUCCUGGUGGCUCCAGUGGCAGUGGCACGGGCAGUAGCGGGAGCAGCGCAACGCGUCCGUCCAGAACGCAUCAAGUGUCGCGGGACCUGAGGAGUGCCGCCGACAAUGCUGAACAGAAUUUGAGGCAACUGCUGACUGGUGUAGAGAAUCUGCGACAGAUUGCGGCCAGCCUCGAGCAGUCAACAGUCCAGUCAACAGCCACGCCAAGAAGUCCAGAUCUUUAUCCCGAAUUCAACUGAGCGACCACCGCAGCAGCAGAAGCAGCAGCAGAUUGGACAGAUUGGGGAAUUAGGAAAGAGCAGCAGCUGCUCCUCCAGUUCCGGUUAUUGUUGCUUCUGUAAUCAUUGUAGGCCCCGGAUGCCGCCUAGAGCUUGUUUUUAGAGAACCCUCCCGCGUAUCUUUUCCGUUUCUCGUCGUCUCGUAUAUUUGUUGCAAAGGGUUGCGUUAGGUCGGGUAGGGGUAAGGGUAGAGAGGAUGGACAAUGUGAGAAUCAAAGCGCAAACUCGUGAUGUUGAUUGAUAAAGGAAAGUACAUAUAUUAUUAUUACACUAUAAAGCGAUGUAUUGUAGCAUAUUGGUAGACAAGUCACACAGAAUAUCAAAAAAAGAAAGCAAAAUGUAAAUUAAAACCGAACGUUAAUUCCAACCUGCACAUUGCAAGCCAGAAUUGAGCGAUCACCCAAAGGGAUCCAAUCCGAUCCGAUGGCGAGAAGAUAUAUUUUUUGUUAGAAACAAAAAUGGAAUACCUGUGCACUUCUGUUUUUGUGCUGCUUGAGUACACACAGCGAACAAGAAUUGAAAUAAAUUAUUAUGAGAAAA